AUGCGCCGCUACUUUCUACUACUUCUGGUGAAAUGCUAGAUAGGAGUGCAUCUCCUCUAGUUAACUUGCAUCCUGGGCUACAAGCACCUUACUCACCGUUGGAUACUGAAAGUUCUAAUUGGAAUUACAUGAAGAUGGCAUCCUUCAUUGAUACUGGUGCUUCAAGAGUGAAUCAGUUAAUGCCUAGAGUUAAUCCUCUUGAUACUCAAGCAUUGAACAGUUCAUCGAACUAUCUAUGUCCUGCUACAAAAGUUGAAGGUUUGGAGGAUUUCUCACAUUCAAGGAUUGGAUUACCAUUGCCAAAUACUCAUGAAGAACAAGCAAACAUUUCCAAAGAUAUUGAUUAUGAAGAACCUGCAAAAAUUGGUGUUUUGAAGAAGCCGAAGUCAAAACAUUGUUCAAGCGUCGCUCAGCAAGCUGAAGAAACCAUGGAAACAAAAAAAGACAGACCUUCUAAAGCUAUAAGUAGUCGGAUAUAUAGAGCUAAGGUUGCCGAAGCAUUUAAGGCCUUGAAAAAUGCUCUACCAUGUUCUGAAACGGGUAAUCAGACAUCUAUGCUAGAUAAUGUCAUAGAUUAUAUCAAGUAUUUGAAACUUCGGCUAAAGGUAUUGAGUCAAACCAGAUUGAAUGGUGAAGCCUCGGCUCAUUCUUUUGUUGAUAUUGAGGGUUUUGGUCACUACUUACUCCAUCCUCAGGCAUGCUUUGAACCUCUUGAGGAAAUGGUUGGACAUCUUCUGAAGUCAAACCCACAGGUGGCCAAUGAGCUGCUCGAACACAAAGGCUUCGCCAUUGUGCCCAUGGAUUCUGCCUACGCUAUUCUUCAGACUAGCUUGAACCCUUGUUCCAAUUCCUGCCAGUGAUGAUCAAAUUUUGCGUACAAUAAGAUUUUUUUUAGGCCAUUUCAUAGCCUUAUACAUCGUAGUUAUCGACUUUUUCUGGUUCGCUUGAGCUGCAUGCUUGAUGUUGACGUAGCUAUGGUUUUCCUUCGCACUUGAUGCUCUUUCAAUGAAAUAUUCGAUUUAGACAUAAGGAACAGUAUUGUUUUCGAGUAAAAGUUUUUUUCCUUUGCUUA